CGUAGUGAUGGAGGCGCAUCGUUAACAACAGAACAACACUGCAACUUUGUCCUUUUAUUUGUCCACCGCCACAAGUUGGAUUUACGAUGCAGAAGAUCAAAUCUCUGAUGGCGCGGCAGGGCCUGAAGAGCCCCCAGGAAAGCAUGGCAGACCUCAGUCCUGUGGAGAACCUCAGGAUCCCGAGCAAGGAGGAGUUGCGGGAGCAGAGGGAGCAGCCCAUGGACCCCCAAGCGGAGCAGGAGAUCAUGGACGGCAUCGAGGACGUCUGCUUCUCUAACGACUCCUUCGACAUGGUGCAACAUGAACUGGAGAAACUACCACCUGAGCUGAACCUGCAGGAGCUGGAGGAACACAGGGACAAGCUGAAGAGACAACAGGCAGCAGUUUCUAAAAAGGUUGCUGAUCUUAUUCUGGAGAAACAGCCGGCUUAUGUCAAGGAACUGGAGCGAGUGACUGCGUUACAAACCAACCUGCAGCUGGCAGCGGUCAUUUGCACUAAUGCAAGAAGGCAACUGAGCGUGUCGAAGGAGGGAUUCACAGAAGCCAGCUUGGGCCUCUUGUCCAAUCAGAGGAGGCGACAGCUGCUGACAGGCCUGCUUAAGUCACUGAGGACCAUCAAGACACUGCAAAGAACAGAUGUGAGACUUAGCGAGAUGCUUGAGGAGGAAGACUAUCCAGGUGCAAUCCAGCUCUGUCUGGAAUGUCAAAAGGCAGCCAGCACCUUCAAACACUACAGCUGCAUCAGCGAAUUGAAUUCCAAACUGCAAGACACUCUGGAGCAAAUAGAGGAGCAGCUUGACGUCGCCCUGUCGAAGACGUGUAAGCACUUUGAUGUUUCGCACUACACCAAAGUCCAGCUGGCCUACACGCUCCUGGGCAAGACACAGACCGCCAUGGACCAGCUCCACAUGCACUUCACCCAGGCCAUCCACAACACGGUGUUCCAAGUGGUGCUGGGAUACGUGGAGCUGUGUGCCGGCAACGCCGACACAAAGUUCCAGAAGAUGCAGUACAAGGACCUGUGCACACACAUCACCGUGGACAGCUACAUUCCCUGCCUGACAGAUCUAUGCAAGGCAUUGUGGGAGGUGAUGCUUAGCUACCACCGCACCAUGCAGUGGCACGAGGAGCACGACCAACACGAGACCACUCCCACUACAGAUGGCGCCGCGGCGGCAGAGUCUGAUCAGUCGGUGGUGGACCGCAGCUACGUGAAGAAGAAGCUGGAGCAUGGACUGACCCGGAUUUGGCAGGAUGUCCAGUUGAAAGUGAAGGCCUACAUCUUGGGGACUGACAUGUCUAACUUCAAGUACGAUGAUUUCAUUGUGGUGCUUGACGUCAUCAGCAGGCUGAUGCAGGUGGGUGAGGAGUUCUGCGGCAGCAAGUCAGAGGUCCUGCAGGAGUCUAUCAAGCGCCAGAGUGGCAACUACUUUAAAAACUAUCACAGGGCACGACUGGAAGAGCUGAGGAUGUUUCUGGAAAAUGAGACAUGGGAACUUUGCCCAGUGAAGUCUAACUUUAACAUCGCCCAGCUCCAUGAGUUUAAGUUCAUGGGCCAGUGUCGUUCUCCGUCCAUUUCCCCGAGCAGACUGGCCGGGUCCUCGACCGGCCCGGCUCAGGGGGAGCUGUCUCUGUUUCAGCAGUACCUUCAGGAGGGAAACCCCUUUGAGAUGCAUGAACAAAAAGAGGAGGAGACAGAGGAUGUGCUGGCAUCCAACGGGUAUGAGUCAGACGAGCUGGAGAAGAGUGUGUAUCAAGAUUACGACAGUGACAGUGAUGUCCCCGAGGAGCUAAAGCAGGACUACGUUGACGAGCAGACGGGGGACGCCCCCCUCAAGAGUGCGUCCCGAGAAACCAUAAGAAGCAAGAAAAAGUCAGACUACAACCUUAACAAGGCACCGAUUCUCACCAACACCACCCUCAACGUCAUCCGGCUGGUCGGGAAGUAUAUGCAGAUGAUGAGCAUUCUGAAGCCGAUCGCCUUCGAUGUCAUCCACUGUGUGUCACAGCUCUUCGACUACUAUCUGUACGCUGUAUACACCUUCUUUGGACGCAAUGACAUGCCUGCCCCAAGCCCGUCUCUGCCAACUCAUGGUGGCAGAGACGGGGCUCCUGCCAGGGUGGUGGGCCCUGCUUGCUUGUACGAGUCAUCGGGUCUGGGCCUUAUCAGCAGCAGACUGAGAACCACUCUGAACCGGAUCCAGGAGAGCCUCAUAGACAUGGAGGCAGUGGGGGAGAAUGUACCCGUCCACAGUGCAGCAGAGGACAGAAAGGAGAAGGUGCCGAGCCCCCAUCUCAGCCAACUGGUGGUGCUCACCAACAGUGGGACUCUUUAUGGACUCGCUCAGAGAGUGGUGGCCACUGAGUCUCUUGUGUUUCUGGCCGAACAGUUUGAAUCCCUCCAGUCCCACCUGGACACGAUGAUGCCUGCAGCGAAGAAGCCCUUCCUGCAACAGUUUUAUUCCCAGACGGUGUCUACCGCCAGUGAACUUCGGAAACCAAUUUACUGGAUUGUUGCAGCGAAGGCCAUCGACUACGAACAAAUGUUGCUCCUGAUGUCUGGCGUGAAAUGGGACAUUAGGGAGAUAAUGUCGCAGCAUAAUGUGUAUGUGGACGUCCUGUUGCAGGAGUUUGAGCAAUUUAACAAGCGCUUGCAGGAUGUUUCCAGACAUGUGCGCAUCCCGCUGCCUGUGUCCAACUUGCUGUGGGAGCACUGCAUCCGCCUGGCCAACAGGACGCUGGUCGAGGGCUACGCCAAUGUGAAGAAGUGCAGCAAUGAGGGCCGGGCCCUGAUGCAGCUGGACUUCCAACAGUUCCUCAUGAAGCUGGAGAAGCUGACCGACCUGCGACCCAUUCCCGAUAAAGAGUUUGUUGAGAUCUACAUCAAAGCCUAUUACCUCACUGAGAAUGACAUGGAGCAGUUCAUCAAGAAUCACAGGGAGUACUCCAUGAAGCAGCUCGCCAACUUGGUGAACGUUUGUCUGGGUUCACAUAUAAACAAGAAGGCUCGCCAGAAACUCCUGGCGGCCAUCGAUGACAUUGACAGACCCAAGAGAUAGUUUGCUGAACGGAGCGGAUCCUGAACGCAUCAACCAGCCACAGACGGACACUCCAGGAGAGGAACUCCCAGCGUUGAAUGUUUUCAUCUUCUGUUUGGGGCAACCGUGUUGCGGUGUGUUCGUCACGCUGCACAGCACUCACAGAAGUCAAGCUCGCCUACACAGCAACGCUCAAAUGUUCGCCAAAUGCUCGUUGCCUCUUAGUUUCCAGCCCUGAUGGCCAAACACCUUCACUCUCCAGCACGGCGCAGGUACUCUGUGCUUUCAGUGGACGUACCAUCAUGCAUGCCCUUCUAUAUUUUCAGUUAACCGCUGAAGUUCUUUCCGGCAAAUUGUCUGCCGCCCCAUGAAUGUCAAUCUCUUCAAUGACAAUAGGACCACACAGUGUGAAGUGAAGCGUCACCAUAUGGCAUUCCAUCCGUUUUCACCAAGUGCUGAAUAUCUGAUACAACCAUGAUCAUGAGUUGCUAAAUUUGAUAGUUUAGUCAUGUUGUAAAGAUUUGUGAUGAAUCCAAAGUGCAGACCCAAUAGGAGUCUAUCGUAGUAAUAAACUAUCGAAUAUAAAGCUUGAUUGAAUGUUCCCCCUCUGAUGGAGAUACAGUAAAUCAGGGUUAUUGUUCACUUUGAUCAUUCAUUAUUGGUGAUUAUUUUUGCUGAAUCUUAUUUCCCUUCAGGGUAUUUGUUGUGUGUGAUUUGAUUCUCUGCUUCUUUGUUUUGUUUGUUUUGACUGAGUAACAUAAAUCUAAUAUAAUAAUGAUUCUGAAAAUAAUAUAAAUUGCUGUAAUGAGCGUUACUAGAGUAAAUCUGCACUCGCUGCUUUCCUCCAAAGCUUUACGACUCCCCUGCUCCAGUCAUCUCUAUUAUUUUAACUUGAGGGCAGAUAGAUUUACUGUCAGGGGGAGGCGGGGCUAACAGUUUUUGAUAUGGCUACACAUUUUCUUUGCAACUAUUCCAAGAAAAAUGUGCGUAAAAGUGAAUGUUUUGAACGUCUGUAUUUAUUUCUUGCUUUGUGUCUCGUUUGAGUUUUUAUAUGACAUUUGUUGGAUGUGUAUUUUGUCAUUUAUCAACUGAAGCUAAUACAAAUAUUUAAACAUCUUGCCAUGGUUCUCGUACACUAUAGUGAAAAUCAGUAAUUGGUGUUCGAGCUGUAGGUUGAAGCAAAAAUGAUUCUGACAUAAUAAACACGCUAACAAUGGAC